AUCAACCAUUCUACAGCUUUCCAAGCUCUUUCAUCAUCUACAACCCCUUCAAUCUUCCAGUAGCUUGACUGCAACUGCAUCCCACCACAAUGGCCGCAGAGACAGAAAACACGCUUCAGAAAGUCGACUCCUUGACCGAUCACCAAGAUGGCGCCGCGAAGAAGGGCCACCGCAGAGUCAGCUCUAUGGCUGCUGAUGUCUACCGUAUCGAGGACCUAGAGAAGGAAGGCAAGAAGAUCGAGAUUGCAAUCGAAACCCAGAAGCUGAACUGGAAGCUGAACAAGUCGCCGAGCACCGUCGAAGACCCCUCAGUCUUGAAGCUACCUCUCACCGAGCCCAAGCUCAAGUCCAUCGCCCUGCACUUCCCGCUAGGAUUAGAAGUCACCGCACGGAACAUGAAGGGCGUUACCAUCAAGGACGCACUAGAUGCCAUCCACAAGCAGUUCAAGAAGCGCGCAGACGACGAGUUCGAGAAGCCAUACCUCAUGGGCUUUGAGUGGGACCCAGAAGAGUGCUACACCCGCUUCAUCGUCCACCAGUCACCCGUUCCGACAGUAAAGAAUGACUUCGGCUCAAGCAAGAAGAAGAAGAAGAACAAGGCCGAAGGCGAGGAGGGUUCCUAAAUGAACGACUCGCCCCUUCCCUGACGUCGACUUCUACACACAGCCUCAGUCAUACUUCCGUGCUUCGGCACUGGUAUGUGCGGGGUACGGAUAUGCACUCGGGUGCUGGUCAAUCUUCAUAUCGAUAUGGGAAGAGCGAGCGCAUCUGCUGCGAUGGCGUGUCUGGUAUACUGUAGGCCUGCAUAGGUAGACGGUUUACUGGCUGCGGAUAUCGAGCGGUGGAUGCGUCGUGAAACCGUUCGUGGGGUACCUGCUGAAUGGGCUGUAUCCGCUUAUGUAUGCUCUCGGGCACUCUUUGGGGUUGCUGGAAAGCACCUUGUAUAAUGAUAAGACCUGAUCAUCCUUUUGUGUCCUCAAAGCUUUCUGUGAUGUCGUUUGUAAAGGUUUGACGUUGACUUGGGCGGACCCACCUUACUGCGGGCAGCUCUCCACCACGCUGUAAGCGAAGACACCCG